GGUGCCAUGUUCGCACCCGGGAUCCGAACCGGUGAAACCCUGGGCUGCCAAAGUGGAGCGCGUGAACCCAACCACUCGGCCCCAGGCCCCCCAGAUUUAAAGAAAGAAUUUAAACUAUGUAUGCGAGAGGCAGGGGACAGCUCUGGGAGUAUUGGUGCAACUUCUGGGGGAGGUCCCCAGACCACUAGCCAACUUAUCCAGACAAUUGGGCCACACCGCCCAAGGAUGGCCCCCGUGCCUGCGGGCUGUAGUGGCCGCCUGUGACCUGCCGCAGGAAGCAGAAUGGUUUACCCUGGGACAGCCCACGGUGGUCUUUGUGCCCCGUCCAGUGCUUGUCCUCCUUGAACAAAAAGAGGGAUAUCGGCAAACCGCCGGGGGAAUGGGCAGAUACCAGGCUAUUUGCCAGCCGACCCUAAUGUCACCUGAAAGACCAAGACAGCCUUGACUUCUGACACGUCGCUUCCGACCUCAGAAUGACGUCAGCCCUCACAGGUGCCCAGGAGUCCAAGAACCUGUGUGUUCAAGCUGCUUAGACUUGUCGGCUCAGCCCCCGACACGUCCCGAUCGGGACCGGUUCAUGGAUGGCAGCGGCUCUGGGGGCGACGGGCAGAGACGAGCCAGCUGUUCUGUGGGGGCUGAGGAUAGGGUCAUCGAGGCACAGCCCUCUCCUCUGGGGACAUCAGCCCCAAAAGCAGAAUGGAUUGCCCUCAUGAGGGCCUGGCAACUGUCGAAAGGGAGAAAAGGGGGAUGUGUACCCCAUUUCGAAGUAUGCGUUCGUGGUGGCCCAUGCUCACGGGGCCAUGCGGAAGGACGGGGGGGCUGCUGAUGGCGGAAAUAAAGGGAAGACAUGCUCCAGAAAUCUCAGCUCGGGUCCAAGUGGUGACGGACCCGAUUAUGCGCUGCUCAGGCCGUCCAAGGACUGGCUCGUGUGUGGCUCCUGGAAAUUGGAUGGCGGACAAGGCUGCUAAGGGAUGUGAAUUCUUCGGGGCCCUCAUCCCACGAUUAGAUGGCCCACGCGGCGCCAGCUGGCUCGGAAGGCCCCCCCGCUCCUGCCCGAUCUGGGCUGGGAACAACCCAAAGAUGGAAGGACCGCCCCCACCGGAGGGGCUCAGUACCCCGGGAACGACCUUGUGAGGACGGGCAAGUGGACUUUACAGAAGUGCCUGAGAGAACGGGGAGCAUGAACGCUCAGUGGCGUUUGUAGACACCUUUUCAGCGUGGAUAGAGGCGUCGCCCACCCAAACUGAGAAAGCCGCCGAGGUGGCCAAGUGCUUGCCGAGAGAAAUUGUCCUGGGUUCGGACUGCCACCUAGCGUCCAGAGCGAUAAUGGACCCGCCUUUGUGGCUGAAGCUACACAACCGUAAGUAAGGUUCAAACGGAAGCCGAGUGCCUCUCGGAGACCCCAGUGCCCGGGAAAAACGGAAAAGAUGAGUCACACCGAGAAGAGGACAGUGGCCAGACGUGGCCAAGAGACCCAUGUGAACCGGGACAGACCACGCCCAGUUGCCCUCCUCUGUGGCAGGGUGACCCCUGGAAGUGGGCUUGCAUUAAGCCCUUACGAAAUGUAUGGGAGACCCUUCCUAGCUCCACGGGGACGGGGGGGACCCCACGCAAUCACGGAAAUUAAAUUGAAACCGAGCACAGCACCUAGGGCAGAUAUUAACUACUGUGCGUGAGUUUGUCUCCUCCAGGUCGCCACCCGGACGUGAGACUUCGCUGCAUCCGUUCCAGCCGGAGGACAAGGUGCUUCUGACGGCGUGGCAGGAACCGGGGCCGGAACAGCAACUUGCAGGAAAGUGGAAGGGGCCCUGUGACGUGUUGUUCACCAGCCGUCCAUCCCUUUAGUUGGCGGGUGUGAGACCGCGUGAGGAGACCAGCCGCCAGUGGGGAAAGCAGACCGCCGGAGGGAGGGUCUUAAGUUGCUCUUCCGAAAACAGUCAUGAGGUUCGUCGCAUUGCUGAUUUCUUUCUGUUCCCUGUAUUUCCCAGUUGCCGCCUGGCUGGACAACUCUCUGGUGCGCAUCGCACAAACCAUCGCCAACUCGACGCAGGCCGUGGACUGCUGGAUUUGCCUUCCGCGAGCUCAGUCCACUGCGGAUCACGGGGACCCCCUGGUGCAUCCCGUCUCGGACUUCACCCAAGUCCCCGACGGAGACUGGGUCCCCACGAGAGACCUCCGGGCUCGCACCCUUAUGUACCGGGUGCGCAUCAGUCACUUCCCCCACGAGAACCCCGCCAACAUCGCCUGUCUGACGCUUCCUCUCUCCUCCAGUCCCGCCUUGUACUGGACCCAGGGCCCCCAGCAGAUCCCCGAGUACUUUGAGAUGGCGCCGCCUCCGCCCUCGGGGCAGCUCCCCAUGUGCGCCCAGCGGUCCGCCAGGUACCCAGCGGAGGACAUCAAGUCGGUGGUCGACUAUUCGUUUCUGGAGCGGCCGUGGAUGGAACGAACCGGAUUCAAAGUGGGUUACUAUUUCUACACUAACAGCUCCGUGGGCUACUACACUCACAUCGAAGGGGAAAGUAAGGUCUUCUGUGCCCCUCCCGGCCACGUUUUCGUUUGCAAGAUUAAUAAUUACCCCUGGGCCACAGAAUGCCUCCACAAUUUCACUGUUUCCACUCAGUGUCUCCUCGGAAACCUGGUCACCCCUUUCUCGCUCCACAGUCUGAACGAAUCGAAACACUGGGCAAGCUCCUUAAAAUUAUACACCCGGGUCGCCCGGGACUUGCCGGGCAAUGUUCCUGCCGGGGACGAGUAUUUCUUCGGGUCCACGCUGCUGCCCUGGCGGGGCGGCGCGGGCCACCCGCACGUCCUCCGCAGCCUGUCUCGCACGCUGACCGUCAUCGCGAACGAAACGGCCAAGUCCCUCAUUAACGCGCACGCCUCCCUCGACUCGCUGGCCAAGGUCGUCUUGGAUAAUCGGAUGGCCUUGGACUACAUGCUUGCCGAACGCGGUGGGGUUUGCGCUGUAGCCAACGCCUCCUGUUGCACGUAUAUCAACACCUCGUCACAAGUAGAAACCAGCGUCGAAAAGAUCAGGCGCCAGGCUACCUGGCUGCAACAGCCCUUGGGUCCUGGCGCCUCCUCGGAGCUGGAGGGUGUGGACGCGGGCGUCGGCGGCUGGUUUUCGGGUUUAUCCUCCCGGGUCCCGGCAGGGAUCCGGUCCACAUUGUCCAGCGUUCUACCUCUCGGUUUCUCUCUGCUCCUCUUGGUGGCUGGCGUGUACCUUACGUUUAAACUCGUUCUCUGGUGCGUUCCUGGUAUUUGCAGAAUUUCGACUGAGACCCCAACCGCCCGCAAAGAAAACUGGCAGAAGCACCUUGGAGCUUUCCGCCUCGAAAACCCACCGGCGUCGCCCCGGUUCAGCAGGAAGCAGCCAGACGACCGCGACGCCCCUUUCCCGUAGAAACGAAAGCAAAGUCGACAGCGGGGCCUGCGUUACGGGCUGUUUCUGUCUCAAAUUAGGAAUUUACAGGUUCGAUAACAGCCUGGCUGGCAGUGUCUUCCUCGUCUGAAGCGACACUUUCCCAGCCGCUGAGGUUGGCCGUUCCAAGUGUGUGUAGGUUUUCCUUUCUCUGGUUUCUCUGCCUUUGCUCCCUGCCCCCCCCUUCCUUAGGACUUAAGAAUCACCCUGGUUCCGGGGAGUCCGGAUGACAUGGAGCAGUGAAGGGGCCUGGUUCUUGUGUCCUGCAUCUCGCCGGCCAAAAAGAAGGAAAACAUCAGGGUCAGCGGACAAGGUCUGGCGCCCGCCCGGCCAUCUUGAGACCACCAGCAGGAAAGAGAAGUGCCUUCUGGCAGGUAGCCCCCAGCUGGACCCUGGGACCUCCCCUCUAACCCCCCGCCCACUUCUUGACGAGCAGCGAGCAGUUCCUAAGGUGCUGGCCGGCCGCUGUGCCCUUGGCCUUGCAGAGAGAAUAAAGCUGUCUUUCCUUUUCACCCCA